AUGUCCUCCACCCCGCGCAGCAGCAAAAGCAACUCCGCCAACAGCGCCCUGAAACGUCUCACGCACGAACUACAAGACCUCCAAAACUCCCCCAACGAAGCAGUCCUGCACCUCGGCCCAGCCGAUGACGAGGACCUAUUCCAAUGGGAAGCUGUUCUCAAAGGGCCCCGCGACCCAUCCUCCCCUUACCACGGUGGCCUCUGGCUUCUCUCCAUCAUUGUACCGCCAAACUACCCAUUCGCACCACCCAAAGUUCAAUUCAUCACUCCCAUAUGCCAUCCAAAUGUACACUUCCAGACCGGCGAGAUUUGCCUGACGCUAUUGAGCGGCGAGCACUGGGCACCUAGUUACACGGUUAGUACGACCAUGGGGGCAAUCCAGCAGUUGCUGAGUAGUCCGGGGCUCGACAGCCCGUUGAACGUGGAUAUUGCGAAUCUCUACCGAGAGCAUGAUAUCAUUGGCGCGGAGGGACUAGUGAGGUUUUGGACUGGUGAGAAGAGGUGGGCGGGUGAAGGGAAAGCGGGUUGGAUUACUGAGAGGAGGCCUGGGACGGGUGGGAAAUUAGGUGGAUGA